GCUGCUGUUUUGUUGACAUUUUUUUUAUCCAUCAGCUGACCGUCUACAAGUUUAGCUGAACAGCUCAACACAAACACAAACCUUCGCCAUGACAGUCACCCUCCGACACAAACCACAAACAGUACAAAUAUUUUUAGAGAAGUAGCAGCUCGGAAUGAAGGUUAUUUUCUGAACGGUAGCUGGCUCGCUGCUACAGUUAGCCAGCCGAGCUACAGUGGAAAGCUAGUUAGCUAGGAGGCUAAAUUAGCCGAUGUAAAGUGAAACAAUGGAAGGGAUUCUGUACAAAUGGACGAAUUACAUGACAGGUUGGCAGCCACGCUGGUUCGUCUUAGAAAAUGGAGUCAUCUCUUAUUACGACAGCGAGGACGACGUCGGUAAAGGAAGCAAAGGAUCCAUCAAGAUGUCUGUGUGUGACAUUAAAGUUCAUCCGACAGAUCCCACGCGUCUGGAUUUGAUCAUCCCCGGCGAGCAGCAUUUCUACGUCCGAGCUGUGAACGCUGCGGAGAGACAGAGGUGGCUGGUGGCUUUAGGCUCGUCCAAAGCUGGAACACUGGAAAGUCACAAUCACAGAGGUCCAGACUGUCUGAAGACGAAGAUGUCUGAACUUCGUCUGUACUGCGACCUCCUCGUCCAGCAGGUCCAAACCAUCCAAUCACAGCACACCGCCGACACAGACACCACGCCCACUUCUGAGGCCUCUCUCCUCAGUGCGACCUGUGCAACUUUUAUCAGGACUUUGGAGGAAUGUAUGACCCUGGCUAACCACAGUUUGACCCCUGACCUCCGACCUCCUGAAAGGAUGAAGAGGUCGAUCAGUCACCCUGGAACAUACAGCUUUGACAGGUCAGGUGUGCUGAAGGAGUACGUGAGCGCAGGUCAAAAGACGAGCCAGCGCAGGAACAGGACAUGCUCCGACAGCUCUGUUUAUGAUACUGAGCGUGUGCUACCCAGUCUCAACGGUGACCCGUCCUCCAUUCCUGAGGAGAGAGGAGGAGGAGGAGGCAGCACGAGCCCGAAGACCACACCCACCGACACAGACACCGACCUGUCCAUCUGAAAACCUGACGUCCACCCGAACCCUGCUGACCUCUGAACUCUGUGAGGGCUCAAGAACAAUGACAAGAUCAAUAUCAGUGAGAUAUUGACGUCAUCUUUUAUUAAAUCGGCCGACACUUGACUUCUACCAGGAACGUCCUUUCUUGUGCUUUUUCUCUGAAGUCAGCUGACUGCCAAACACGUGCACUUUGGAAUCAUAAUUAGUUUUUCUUUAAGGCUUUCUUUAAGUUGCACAGCACACACUGGAGAGACAGAGAAGACAAGGAGUACACAACGCUUUAACUUUCUCUACGGAUCAACAAGUCGCCACAUUCACACCAUGGACUCACGUCAGAGUCAGACUUCAGACUUCAGACGCUCAAAUCCUGGAGAAAUCUGUGAGCGGACGAGUGAAUGAAAACUUACCGUUAGAGCAGAUAACCCCAGUUAAUCUAGUCGACUUUGUUAGUGGCAAUCAAAUAAUGACUGUGAUGGUAUUAGGCAGCACCCUGGCACAGUAUGAAUAUAUAUAUAAAAUAACUGUGAAUUCCUGUUUUCUGGACAGUUUUAGAUGAUUGUUCACUGUUUUAAAUGGACCUGAGAAUGUACAGAGACUUUUGAGUUGUUGGGACAUCGACACCCGGCGACCGUGUCACAGCAGCGUCAGUAUUUUCUGCCUUUCCCACAUGUUCAACAACUCAUCAGAUUUUUUUUCUUUCCUUCCCCCGGAGCAUCUUCUCCAUUUCCUCUUCCAGGAGGGAGUGUAGCUGAGGAUGAAUAGGACCGAUGAGCGGCACCUUCGCAGGCUCCUGAGGGCCAGUUCCUCUCUGUUGCAGUUUACAGACGCAGAGAGCCGAGGAGCUCGGGUGCCAAAGUUUGCACCGAUGCAAUGAUCUACAUUAAAUGUGCCAUUGUUUUUUGUAUUUUGUUUUUCCAACAAACCUUCUCGUAGUUCAGCCAGAACAGAGCUUUGGUCUUUGAAACUGGGGUGAGGAGAAGGACGAGACUCCGGUUUGAACUGGAUGUUUUUCACCUGCACUGCAAAGACAAGUCAGAUCAGGUGAACGGAGUCUGUAAAUCACAGAAACGUGUGAAUGUGCGCAAGUUACUGCCUUUUAAUGUUUGUAUUUCUUCAGUAUUUAUUUGCCUUUUGGUGGCGAUAUUCCAUCCAAACGUGACCCUGAAAAAGAAAUAAGUACGGUGGCCCGGGAAGCUCAAUACACUGCAACUUAAGAGAUAAAUAAAUAAAUAAAUACAAAGAAAUAUCUGCAGCAGUUUGGCAACACGUGAACAUCAGUCAGAAGGUUGUUUCAGUUUUUACUUUCUUACUUUCUGAGUCAGAUUUUUCUGUGCGUGGAGUAAGAAACUGUACGAACUACAACCCUAGGAACAACUUCCAUGCCUGGACGAGUUCCUCAGGCCUCAGUGUCUCCCUGGGAACUUUGUUUUGAUUCGUUGUUCCACCUGCAGCACUUUAGUAUUUGUUUUUCUUGACUGAAUUUGGUCGUGCCGUUUCGUUUUUGUGUGAACCUGGAUGUGUUGCUUUUUUUUGUGUGUGUGUGUUUAAUCAGUUUAAAUGUUUAAAGUCUCUUGAGUCACAGUGCACUGAGCUCGCAGGGCCAACCUGAAUGAGAGCUUAAAGUGACUGACAGGAGGUUCAGGUGACGUCUUUUGCUAAUUGUUGUCAGCUGCUCUACCUGUCUCUGCCAAAGCAAACAACUUAGCAUGUUUGAUUUUUGAUGCGCAGCUAGAAAAUCCAGGCAUUGAAACCACUGACAGAUGUCAGCCAGCAAAGCUAACACCCGUGAAUCUGAUUUCCUGUCUUGAUGAAUCACCUCUGAAGUCUUGUGACAUAUUUAAACACACGCAAAAGACGUCAAGCUGAACACAAACAAUCGUGACGUAAACAAUCGUGGAGGUGAGACCGAAACGCUGGAGGAUUAAACUGAUCUUGGGUCUGUUUCCUGUAAGAGAGAGAUGUCACCUGCUGAACCCAUCCUAAACCAGUUCACUCCUUCCCACGUCAGCCUUGACCAAAACCAUGUUUUGAGGAUAUAGUGCAUUUCUAUUUACCUUAACAUUCACAUGCUGUGGAUUCUGACCGCAGCUGUCGUACAUGAAACUUCCUAAAAGUCCGAAUCUUUCAGGUAUUUUCACUUCACUUUCAAACAGUCAUUAGAGAGAAUAAAAUUAAUUCAGUUGCGUAACCUCACAGUAAGUAUGUUUUGCACUUUAGAGUUCAACCCAGUCCUUUUUUUUUUUUUUAUUGAAUGUUUGUGCUCUGAAAAAAAGGACGACAGUGAAAAAGGCACUGUGGCCGAAAACAGUGAAAAUGAAAUUAAUGUUGUUGUUUUUUUAAUGAACAGUUAUUGUUACUAGUUUGUGUCUCAUUUUUUUAAAGGAUGUUUUGCAGCCUUAUAUAAAACAGUACCAGUAUGUACACAUACAAGACUUCUUUCUUGUAUUACUUCUACCAAAAUGUGUGUGUUCAGGAUUUGCCAUGAACAUGCGGAAAAACUGUUGAUCCCUUCACUUUCUCUUAAAUACUGUGAGGAAAUGUUUCUCCAAAGGCUUCUGGUCGUUUCCAGUAAAACAAGAGCUCAGUCUGUGAUCAGAGACAGUUUCAGCCACACAUGUUGGCUCCAUGUUCUGCUGCUGAUGUUAAAUAACUAGUGAUUUUAUCAUUAUUUUUUUUAUCUUCACAGGAUCAUUUGUUUUCCAGUCAGAUUAUUUUACUUAAACGUAAAUUGGAUUUUGUAGCUAAAGCUUAAAACAGCUACAAAUUAAUUGGUAAACAGUUAAAUUGAGAGCAGAUCAAAAUACAAUGAACAUUUGCUGUAAUUUCUCUCCCCAAAUAUAUAAUAUAUACAAUACAAUAUGGUUUUGACUCAACAGCAGCAUCUUGGACAAACUGUCUCUUUAAAGGAAUAGUGCCACACUUUUUGGUCAGUACAUCACUUCCUUGGCAAGAGAAGACUGAUGCCUCUCUCCUAUUGAUCCAGCACGUAAUCCAUAAUCGUGUAGGUGGAUCUUGUUACCUUUAGACUCACCUGUUUCCCGUCUUUGUGCUAAGCUAAGCUAAUGCAGCUUCGCAUGACGCACACAGAUACGAGAGUGGUCAUCAAACUUCUCUGCGAAUAAACUCAUCUCAUCAAAAAUGUCCAAAUAUUCCUUCUCCUUGAGCUCAGCGUCUUGUUUACAGGAGGAACAAAUAACUGAAGUAAACUGCUGAAUUACGACUGAAUUAUUUUUCUUUAUUGUAGAUGUUUUCACUGACGCCCAGUUGAACCUGGCCAAACCAGUGACAGAGAGAUUUUCAUGCCUUAAGUGUCUCUGCACGAGGUGAUGUGUGGUUGUGUCGGACUUUUCAUUGUAUAAAUAAAAAACAUAUUUUAAACUGAA